CUGGGACUCAACCCCAAUCAAAAACACAUUUUCCGCCUGCUGCCCUCUCUCAGGCCAGCACAAGCGACAAUCGCACGAACUCGAGGGCCGACACGCGGCGCCUCUAAUCUCGGCUUCUGCCUAGCCAUCAAGACAAAACAAAGCUUGCCCGUGCCCCGAUUGCCCGUUGCACUGUGUGCCGAAACAACGAGGCCACACCGAUACAAGCGCCGCCUUUCCGCUCAAUCCCCCAACUUCCAGAUCGCCCCCCAGAGCUGGGCGAAACCGCAGUUACCCACCAUGUCCAACACCGACUUUCUCGACCGCGCAAUCAAGCAAGUGCGGCUGGCCAUCGACGCCGACAAUGCGGCACAAUAUGAGAAAGCCUACCAGCUCUACUACCAGGCGCUCGAGCUCUUCAUGCUGGCACUCAAGUGGGAGAAGAACCCAAAGUCUAAGGAGAUGAUUCGCGCCAAGACGGGCGAGUACAUGGACCGCGCCGAGAAGCUCAAGGCGCACCUCGCGGACGUCGAGGCCGAGCGCAAGAAACCCGGGAUGGUGGGCGCUAACGGCACGACGACGGGCGGCACGGGGAAGGGCAAAGAAGCCGGGGAGGAUGGGGGGGAGACGCUGGAUGAAGACAGCAAGAAACUGCGGAGUGCGCUGGCCGGCGCAAUUCUGCAGGAGCGGCCUAACGUGAGCUGGGACGAUGUGGCUGGGUUGGACCAGGCCAAGGAGGCGUUGAAGGAGGCCGUAUUGCUGCCUAUCAAGUUUCCGCACCUGUUUCAGGGGAAGAGGCAACCGUGGAAGGGGAUUCUACUGUAUGGACCGCCCGGGACGGGAAAGAGUUAUCUUGCCAAGGCGGUUGCGACGGAGGCGAAGAGCACGUUCUUUAGCGUGAGCAGUUCGGAUUUGGUGAGCAAGUGGAUGGGUGAAAGUGAGAGGCUGGUCCGGCAACUCUUCGCCAUGGCCCGAGAGAACAAGCCCUCGAUCAUCUUCAUUGACGAGAUUGAUGCAUUAUGUGGCCCUCGUGGGGAGGGCGAGUCCGAAGCCUCGCGCCGAAUAAAGACAGAAAUGCUGGUCCAGAUGGACGGUGUAGGCAAAGACAGCAAGGGCGUCCUGAUCCUCGGCGCCACAAACAUUCCUUGGCAGCUGGACGCAGCGAUCCGGCGCCGGUUUCAGCGUCGCGUGCACAUCAGCUUGCCGGACUUUGCCGCCCGGACGACCAUGUUUAAGCUCGCGGUGGGAGAUACCAAGACGGCACUCAAACCGGAGGAUUUCCGCGAGCUGGCAAAGGCUGCUGAGGGGUACUCGGGGUCAGAUAUCAGUAUCGUGGUUCAGGAUGCGCUGAUGCAACCUAUACGAAAGAUCCAGCAAGCAACACAUUUUAAACGGGUAAUUGUUGAUGGACAACGAAAGCUUACGCCGUGCUCGCCGGGAGACCCCGACGCGGAGGAAAUGACAUGGGAGAAGGUGCCAUCGGAUGAACUCCUGGAACCGAUGGUAGAGAAGAAAGAUUUUAUCAGAGCCAUCAAGGCCAGCAGGCCAACAGUGUCGCAAGCGGACCUCGAGAGGAACGAGGCGUGGACGAAGGAGUUCGGAAGCGAAGGGGCUUAAUCGAACAUAGCGCUCUGGGUGUAUUGCCACUUCAAGCGGGUGUUGUAGGCUGGCGUGCGGCGUUGAAAGACAGAAACUGCUGGCUUAGCAUUAUGACAAGAUUAUCAGCUUUAUGAGUGAAUCUUCUUCCACAUGGAUGCAACAGAAUCAAGGCCACGCCUCUCCUUCGCUCUGCCCACUUCGAAUCAAGCCCCAAUGCGGUGCACAGAA